UCAUACUCCAGAGCUUCCUCGCAACCUUCACAAUCUCCCACCUAUAGCUAUUACAAUUACCACGAUUCCGCCUCACACCCAUUCUCGGCGCCCGAGACACUCUUGACACACAAUGGACGUUUACUACUGCUUUAAUUACCUCUCAUCGGCGUGGAUGUUGCUCGAGGCACUUCCGCUGAUUACGACUCCCACAAUUAUAAUUUCCAUGCUCUCGUCUGAGGUCCGGGAACCAACGCAAUUGGAAUCCUACCUAUCGCGAUCCUUAGGGCUUGCACUCAUCGCCUUCGCGACCCUUAAUUUGUUACUAACGGGAAGUAUCCCUCUUGUGUCCUCGUUUGCAGCGACGGCAACGGUGAAGGGUACGUCGACAGACUUGGAAGACCCAACAGCCCCAUACGCUGUCCCCUCGCUAUCCGUGACACUCACCUAUCACAUUGCCGUCGGGUUCUAUUGCUACCAGCAAUGGGCGCUCGGACGGUCCGCCACUUAUGCCAUUGGCAUGAUCGCUCACGGCUUCCUUGCGGCCAUGGGAGUCUGGGUCAUGAUGUUUGCUAGUUCCAACGGGCAUAUCUAUCGGAAGACGGGCGCAGAUGACAAAUCUAGUAGCUUUCCGAUGACAAAUAUGGAUGGGAAAAAGGAGAAGUUGGGUAAAAAAUUGUGAGUCAGAAUCAAGAGAAGCAUAAGGGGUAAACGAAAUUGGAAGCCAAGCCAUCAUUUCGGGGUUUCAAAUUGACUCGUUCAGGGGGUUUUCUUUUCUUUUCUAUGGAAAUCAUUUCCUCCCCUUUUUUUCAUUCCGGAAGGCACUUGUACCACCUCCUCUAACGUUAAACUCCGCCAUGCACAUUCAUCUCCCAUCCCUUUCCUACCCACCAUUUUUUCCUUUUCCAUGUCAUUGCAAGUCACUUGGUCCGUCUUCAGAGCAUUGAUCGAGGUUAAAGGGUUGGUUUUUAUGCAAACGCAAUCGCAAUAUCAU